UCAUCCCCCUUAUAUAUAGAAUAUAGUGCAUACUUUUUCUUCAUUUUCUUAAUUCCCAUAGAAACAUUUGUAUCUUUGUCUCUCUAAAAAUGAAACUCUCUCUGCGUUUGGUCUCAACCAUUCUCCUCUCGUUCAUGCUACUCCUUGCCGCAGGAAUGAUUCCAGUGGAAGCCAGAACGUGUGAGUCACCAAGUACCAAGUUCCAAGGAGUGUGUCUCAAUGCAAAGAACUGUGCCGGUGUUUGCACUGGCGAAGGAUUCACAGGAGGUCAAUGCAGUAGUCUUAAGUGCUACUGCACGAAAACCUGCUAAAUUUAUAAAAUGUCACGAAAAUGUAAAAAUCAUUUAAUUUUUUGGUCUUUAAUCAUACUACUGAUACAAAGUUAGAUAUCAUAUGCUUGAAUAUAUAGUUUGUACGUACACUUAGUAACUUAUA